AUGGCGGAGGCAUUACUUCGGGAGAUCCGUAGUGACAUUAAGGAGGUGAAAGGGAGUAAUGAAAAAAUCCAUCGAGACCUGGAAAAAAUCAACACAACACUUUCCCUACAAAGCCAAAAAAUAUCAAAUAUUGAGAGCAAAACCGUCGAUUUAGACAACAAGCAAAAAAUCUACGAGAAAGCACUCAGAAACUGUAACUUAAUUCUGUUUAAAUUGCGAGAUUUGGAAGAACGUGAAAACAAUACGUUAUCCAAGGUUCUUGAAAUUGUCAACAAAGUCGGCUUAACAAUACCAGAGGUCUGCUUUGUCUCGAGCUAUAGAAUAGGCAAAUUUCAUGAUGGAAACAAUAGGCCUAUUAUUAUCAAAUUAAUAGCUCCUAGAUGGAAAAAACCAUUCUUCGAAAAAGUAAAGGAAUUUACAAAACUUGGUCUCGCAAUCGCUAAUGACAUACCGAGGGAGGAGAGGGACUUGAUGAAACCUUUGCUAAAGGCCAGAUACUUAUUAAAAAACCAGGGUAAAGAGGAGGUUGUCAUCAAAGGUUCUAAUCUGUACGUGAACAACAAAAUGUUAUCGGAGGAAGAGAUAAAGAACGUCUUGGACUCAGAAAUCGCAGGAGGCAAAGUGGAAGAGAACACUACAAAUGUACCGGACAAAAACAAGACCAAAAAAGGAGGAGGUCGUCCUAUUGGAUCAAAAAAUAGCUCUCAAUCCACUAGCUCCAAAGGUUCAAUGGAUGAUUUCAUAAUCACAACUCCAAGGUCAACCAGGUAUGGAAAGCGGAUGGAAUGA